UUAUAAUUCAAAUUUAAAUAGAAAAAUAAUAAAGUGUGAAAUUAAUUGUAAAACAAAAAAGGAUAUAAUCGGGAUCGGAUAUGGAAGAUUGCGAUAUUUCAUCGGAAAUUUCAAGCGAAUUAAUGUCAAACACAUUGGAUCUACGAAAAUCUCCUUCAACUAAUACCACGUCUCAAAAUUUAACAUCAUGGAAUUCUCAGCAACAACAACAGCAACAGCAACAACAACAGCAACACUCAAACAAACACAGUCUCAAAGAAAAUAUAUCUGGAACAAUAAAUGGCCAAAAUAGAAAAUUUCAAAUUAUGAAUUUAAUUUGUGUUGUAUGCGGUGACACCAGCUCUGGCAAACAUUAUGGUAUAUUGGCAUGCAAUGGUUGUUCAGGAUUUUUUAAAAGAAGUGUACGAAGAAAACUAAUUUACAGGUGUCAAGCUGGGACAGGUAGAUGUAUUGUUGACAAGGCUCACCGAAAUCAGUGUCAAGCUUGCAGAUUAAAGAAAUGCUUGCAAAUGGGAAUGAAUAAAGAUGCUGUACAAAAUGAACGGCAACCACGAAAUACUGCCACACUUAAACCUGAAACUCUGCGGGAUAUGGAACAUGGACAAGCCUUGAGGGAGGCAGCUGUAGCUGUUGGUGUUUUUGGAUCUCCUGUCGUUUUAUCUGCUCCGUGUUGCAAUAACGGGCCAAUAGUUUCCUCAUUUGAAGUUUUACACAGUUCCGAUAAAAAUUGCAAAUUUCAUUUAACGCCAAAUUUGUCGCAAUUUUCAAAUUUUUCAAAUGAAAGCUUUUCCUAUCAAACUAACUCAAAGGGACUCAAAGAAAAUAAAGAUUCUGAAGUUAAAUUUUCGGAUCUAUAUAAAGAAAGUCGAUCAUCUUGCGAAUCAUUAGGGUAUUCUAUAGAUAAUGAUAACGAAGAAGAUUCAAUCGAUGUUACCAAUGACGAAGAUGGCGAUGCGCAAAUAUCACCUAUACCUGGACGUCCUGAUAUUAAAAUUUUAACAAAUUCAAUUUAUGCUGGCUGUUCGGAGACUGUAUAUGAAACUAGCGCAAGACUUCUUUUUAUGGCUGUUAAAUGGGCGAAAAAUCUGCCAAGUUUUGGCAGUUUAGCUUUUAGAGACCAAAUUAUUCUACUUGAGGAAUCCUGGUCUGAACUGUUUCUUUUAAACGCUAUACAGUGGUGUAUUCCAUUAGAUGCCGCAGGAUGUCCCCUUUUUUCCGAACAAGAACAUUUUGAAAACGUUGGUGAAUCAAAAAAUGAGCUUUCAUUUGAUAUCCGAACACUGUUUGAAAUCUUUAGCAAAUUCAAAGCGGUUUUAGUAGACCCUGCGGAAUUCGCAUGCUUGAAGGCUGUAGUUCUUUUUAAACCAGAAACUAGAGGACUGAAAGAUCCCUCACAAAUUGAAAAUUUGCAAGAUCAGGCUCAUGUUAUGUUAGCACAACAUUCGAGAACACAAUAUCCUGCGCAAUUAGCUAGAUGUGGACGUCUUUUACUUAUGCUUCCUCUACUGCGUACAAUUAGUUCUAACAAAAUUGAGACAAUUUAUUUUAAGAAAAUAAUUGGCAAUACACAAAUGGAAAAAGUUUUAUGCGAUAUGUACAAGAAUUAAAAAUGUAUAACAAGAGAAAAUAUAAAAUAAAUGGAUAAAUGAAAUUUCAAUUAAAGCAUUCCUUUUAAAUAACGCUUACGUACUUCUUGUAGAAUACAAAAAAAAAUUAAUUAUUAUAAAAUUAUGUU